AUGCCUAGGACCAGGGUCAAUCACUUUCGAGGCUGCAAACCUGUAAAGGUGGCAUCAGGUGCGCUGUGUGCUCCAGAGCUGGGGGGGUUUGAGUGGACCAUUGCAUCAAAAAGAAGGUUGAAGCGAACUGGAGGGCUUUGCUCUGCGUGUGACAAGGGUCACUGUUCUCUGCCACUGUUGCCCCUUGCUUUGAGGGAUUCAUCCAGCGUGGACUCUGGCCGCCUUGUACUAGUCAACGGUGUCAUCAUUCAGACAUCCAGCACACGUCCGGAGUGCAGCAUCAUGCAGGAGAUUGAAGAGGAGCGCAACCAGUGCUUGGCAGAGCUGACCGGGGAUAACCAGACUUCAGGUUGCAGAAGGCAAUGGGACAACAUUACGUGCUGGCCCGAAGCAGAAGUGGGAGAAGUUGUGGUGAGGCCAUGCCCAAAGUAUCUCAGAUUCCUCACCAAUUAUCUCGGGAAUGUGACCAGGAAUUGUACAAGCCAAGGCUGGACAGAUGUGUACCCUGCGCCAUAUGCCCUAGCUUGUGGAUAUGAUUCCAACAGCACUCCAGGGGAAGAUCAAACAGCGUUCUAUGGCACAGUCAAGACCGGCUACACCAUUGGACAUACCUUGUCACUCAUUGCUCUCACAGCUGCUAUGAUCAUUUUAUGUCUCUUCAGAAAACUACACUGUACUCGAAAUUAUAUUCACAUGCACCUCUUCAUGUCCUUCAUAAUGAGAGCCAUUGCAGUCUUCAUAAAAGAUGUUAUCCUUUUUGAGAGUGGAGAAUCUGAACACUGCUUUGUGAGCUCAGUUGGCUGCAAAGUCAUGAUGGUUUUCUUUCAGUACUGCAUCAUGGCCAACUUCUUCUGGCUGCUUGUAGAAGGCUUGUAUCUUCAUACCCUGUUGGUCAUCUCCUUCUUUUCAGAGAGGAAGUACUUUUGGUGGUACAUCUUGAUUGGCUGGGGUGCCCCUUCUGUGUUCAUCACCGCUUGGACUGUUGUCAGGAUUUACUUUUUUGAUGUUGGGUGCUGGGAGGAAAUAAUGGAAUCCCCAUUCUGGUGGAUCAUUAAAACUCCUAUUUUGGUGUCUAUUUUGGUGAACUUCAUUCUCUUCAUUUGCAUUAUCCGUAUCCUAGUCCAGAAGUUGCAUUCACCAGAUGUCGGGCACAACGAAACCAGCCAAUAUUCGAGACUGGCCAAGUCCACCUUGCUGCUGAUCCCUCUCUUUGGCAUUCACUACAUCAUGUUUGCUUUCUUCCCUGACAAUUUCAAAGCAGAAGUUAAGCUUGUCUUUGAGCUCGUGGUUGGAUCAUUCCAGGGAUUUGUGGUGGCAGUGCUGUACUGUUUCCUCAAUGGGGAGGUCCAAGCUGAGCUCAAGCGAAAGUGGCGGAGGUGGCAUCUGGAACGGUUCCUGGGCUCGGAUAUGAAGUAUCACCACCCUUCCUUGGGCAGCAACGGCACCAACUUCAGCACCCAGAUCUCCAUGCUGACCAAGUGCUCACCAAAGACACGCCGGUGCUCUGGCUUCCAGGCCGAAUUCUCUCUGGUGUGAUGGGGAGAGACUCUGAGCACUGAGCAUCUGAGAGAGGAACAGGGAGAAGGAUCCCCAGGAAUCAGUGAUACAAUGACAAACCCUUAUGAAAUGAAAUGCUCCACAUGAGCCAACAGAGGACACAAAACUGGAAAAGCCACUGGCAUCCAGAACAAGAUCAGACAAGCCAAGAGGCAGAGAAAUAUUUUUCUUCUCCCUCUUUUCAGAUCUUUCACUCUAAGUUGAUGCCCUCAGGGGUUGAUAACUAUGAGUAAAGGUCCUAGUCACUUGAGGAGAGCCUGGGAGGUCAUAUUGUGUCAUAAAUAAUGAAGUAAGGAGAGCAAAGGGAGCCUGAGUCCUUGGUGGCUUUACCAGAACCAGCGUCUCUGAAACAGAUAAAUUGCACUUUUUUUUUAAAUGAGCCAGUCAAAGAGAGAGGGAAGCAAGAAGUGGUAUUGGAAAAAAUGCCAAAUGUAUGAAUGUGCCAAAAAUCCAGUUGAUAAGGGGUGGUGAUAAGGCACCAAAGAGAGAAUCAGGGGCAGCAGGGAGAAGGAACAGAAAAAACAAGCAGCAGCGGGAGAGGCCAGCAAACGGCCCCUGCCCCUGCAUUUUACAUUUACAAAGAAGAAGCUGCAGCGGCAGGAAGGCCCCCUCAGAGGAUAUCCCAACAUUGGACUGUCUUCUGCUAAUUGCCCACUGUCCAUUCCAUCCUCGUUAGCAAAAGCUUUCCAAGCGCCUUGGGUGUUCCUCUUGAAAAACAGCUUGCUGAGAAGGAACAGUGUGAAUGCCCUUCUCUGCACUAUGUUCAUGACAUCGUAUUUUGUUUGGUUGAUUUCGAUGAACAGGGAACUCUCAGUUUGCAUGUAUAAAAAACCAGGUACAGAUGCCAAAAGCAGAGCAUGGCUGUGUUUUUCAUUUUGUUUAAGUUCGCCCAUAGAUCUUGGUGCAUUACCGCACCCAGGAUCAUUAGGGAUCAGGGGAAAACAAUUGAUCUGUAAUUCGUUUGCACUUGCUUAACACACGCUGCCAGGAAAGAGAGAUAUAGAACCCUGUAAUCCUUAAUUGAAUCAGACCUGCCGUAAGGAGCGACUCUCUAGAUGAAAAAAUUAGCUUCACAGCAGCAAGCAAAAUUGCUUUCAUCAAAACAAGGUUGGCUCAGCAUGUAACUGGCGCUCCAGGAGUCAGGAAGGAGUGAAGGAGCUAUUAAAUUGAUUUCUGCUUCAGCUUUUGCAGGGAGCUUUCAUCCUAUGAUGAAGGCACUGUUAGAUCUUUAAAAUGUGCAUGUGCGUCUUGUCUCUUCUGUAAAGGCCUAUUAGUUUCCAUAUUAAGGCAAACCCUGUUUGAAGAAUGUACACAGAUGGUGUUAAGACCAAGGGAAACUUUCUUUUUCUUUUCUUUUCUUGGCAGAGGGGAGAAGGAAUGGGGUGCAGCUGAAUUCUGCUCACAAGAGCCAGGCUAGCAGCUGGGGAGAUCAAAGUCGCCGGUUCGCAGCGCUGCAUGGGCAACUCACGCUUAGACCCUGCCGUUGACGCAGCCCCUGUAAUCUCAAACCCAGGCAGAAGAUAGACAGGACUAGGAUGCUCAUGAUUGUUUCUGUAUGUGUGUCCUGCCCAAUUGACUUGAAUGGAGUCACACCCAUUUUUCACCAAAGAGUGUGAAAUCACUGCCCAGCCCAGGUAUACGCUUGGUGGUAGGGCUGCUGUCAUCCUUUUGUAACCUGUAGUAAGUGCUGUCAUCAUAACGGAAAGUCUGGAUCAUCAAAAUGAUGCAUGUACAUGGAAGGGAAAUUAGACUCCUCUUUCAGUGUUCAGAGGUCUCAGCUUGUCCACCAGGCACUUCCAGCACCGGGAUGUCUUCUUUCCAACUGAAGGGUAGCUCAUUGAUGGGAAACGUCUUUAACUUGGUGGGUGUGGGUUUUGUUCUCGUUGGUUUUUUUUUUUUUUUCUCUCUCUGUUUGUUCGUUUGUUUUAAGCAUCUGUGUUUCUCUACCAACAAACCACACUGAGCCCAGGAGAGCUGCAAAUCUGGAUGUCCAGUUUCCUUCUCAGUUCUGAGGCUGUUGCACCAAGCCAUAUCCCUCCCUGGAGUUACACCUGCUAUUAUUAGAGCUGAAUGUUACCAAAGUAUUUCUCCUCAUGUAUGGAUUGAGGACGGCACUGAAGGCUGAAGUCAGAAAGGGGCAUGAGAUGCUCUGCCAAAACUGCAGUGAAGGGUAGACAUGCACUCAUUAGUUUUCAACGAGCUAGCUCAGAUACUGUCACCGUGUAGCCAUGGUUACCCAGGCUGCCGCUGCACUACCUAAGAGGGUAGGUAGACAGUCAUGUAGAUAGUCAUGCUGAGCUUCAUGCUCCUGGCUUUACAUUCCUGACUGGUCUCCAGGCUGGCCAGGUGCAAGCCAUCUGUGUUAUGGCUACGUUACUCUGAAACCGUAAUAUUAGCAGUUAGAAUCUAACACUGACAUGCCAUGAGAUCUUCGAAAUGCCCUCUUGACAGCUCUCUAAUUCCCACAAUCCAGAAAAACCAUGAGGAUGCUUAAAAUUCCUCCGUGUUGCUUGUACAGAAGCCCUUAUGCCCUGAUGCCCACUGGAGCAAGGUCCACAUCUAAAUCCCACUGGAAUGAGGUCCACAUCUAAAUCCCAGUGAGGUUUGCAGAGGCAAGGACCCCUCUCUGUUUUCAGUACUGGUGUUGCCCUCGUGGACACUUUCAGAACUAAGUUAGGACUCACACAGAAGGUACUAUAGAGAAGUCCCACCAACCCCCCCCUAGUUUUUCUCCCAUGCAUGAUUCAAAGCAGGGAUUUGACUCAACUCUGCAACUUCCCAAGUGAAUGGCUAGCUGCUAGGAAGUCCAAAAGAGAUAGGGGAAAGGGCUCUCAGCUUGCAAGUUGUUCCAGCUGGUAAAACAAGCUUCCUUUUACUGAUUCAGAGUUUGGAACAUCGUCACGCUGUGGAAAAGGUUUGAGCCGUCAGACUGCAAAGUCAUUCACCUUCUUCAUCUGUCGUGGUACCUAUUUAUAUCCAGCUGAUGUGGUGGGCUGCAGGAAAGCACCGCCAAAUCCUGUUAAUGCCUUCACUGAAGUACCUGAGAUGUGAACUCAAAUCCUAGGUCCCAGACACAAUUCCAAGGAGGAAUUUGAGCACAGAGCUGUUGGGCCUAAGUGAAAACCAUCGCCAACCAUCUCCUUUUGAAAUAUGUGGGGGAAACUCUUCCCGUCUAUUUCAGGCAGCCUCAUUGCAGGAGAAGGUUCAUGCCUAUGAGAUCCAAGUAGUAUGAGCAACCUUGUGCGUUUUAACUCUGUGGUUCUUCAACAUCCGUUUCACCUCCAUAGCCUUAUAACUCCAUUUGCAGAAGGACCCACUGCUUUGUAUUUAUAGCUUCGCUUUAGUUUCAGCCUUGUGCUAACCUGUGCCAGCGUCAGACAUAUGCCGAAGGCAGCAUGCAUGGGCUUGCCGUUAAGAGAUGUGACAGGAAAAAAUUAGGCAGCUUAUUUGCCCAUGCUGCAGGGCCUUAUGCAGCCUCUGAUCUGCAUGCACCACCAGGCUGUUUGGCAUGGGAGCCCGAAGGUAGGAUGUGACCUAAACUGAGGGUCUCCCUUGAAAAUAGCUAGCUACAUUAACAUGCCAGGAACAUGGCCCUGAGGACCCUACUUGCAAUUACUUCAUCACUGAAAAUCCAGCUCUGUUGCCAUUAUUCUGUCAUGGGUGUUUCAGAGAUGAAAUGAAUGUGCUGAGAAUACCUGCUGUGACAGGCAUGGCAAUAUUUGUGAUGCAGGCAGUGGAAAGCUGCCAGCCCAGCUGUGUUGGCCUCAUAUUGCAGGAGAACAGAGGAGUCAGUGAUGAAAUAAGAGCUUUUCACUCUGGGGUUACGAGCAAUCAAGUGACCGAAAGGUGUUUCACCACUUGCUCUGGGAUUUAGAUCAGACCCUCAUUUAAGUGACUUACCACAGGAAUUUGGCCCGACAACUUGGCCUCCUUAUGAGUGUGUCCUUUAUCCAGCCCUGCAAUAAAAUAGAGUUCAAAGACCUCGCUGCAACCCCAAACUACCAUCGGAAAGGCAUUGUCCCAAACCAGUGCAGAAUAUGUGAUCAAUUGCUCAGAACUACUGUUAUUUCUCAUAAAGCACAGAUCUGUCCUCUUUUAACUCCAGGGUAAGACAGGAAUGACUCCAGUGAAUGCAGCUGAGUUACUUUGGUGCAAAAUAAGAAGCAUGCUUGGAUGCGUUAAGCUUUUAAAUGUAUUUGAAGAUCAUAAAUUUGGACUCCAAAACUCUUUACAGAAAUCAGGCCAAAUUCUGAUCCCAGCUGCACCAAUUACUUUACUACAGUGCCUCCUGAUUUACGCCAGGAUGGAACUAGAAUUUGACUUUUUGUAAGAAUUCCUUCGUCUUCAGCCUGAAACAGUUUAUUUCCUGUUUAUACAAGUGAGAGCUCAAAUUCACUCCUGUUGAUUAAUCAUUCCAGAUUUCAGUGAUUAAACUAUUACAUAAUUAUUAUUAAGUAGGGAACAAUCAAAAUAUAAAAGUUAAAUAAUUUUCUCAAUAUCCAGAGGUACCUGGUUCAGUGCCAUUAUUAGACUGCAGGUAUUUCUGCUCAGCUGUGACCUACAUGGCUUUGUGCCCCCUCAUAAGUAGUAAGAAAUGAGAAUAUGGCCAUGUUUAGGGUUUAAAAAGGAACUGUAAAGAAAUUGUAGGCUGUGGCAGAAUUUCAGGCUAUUAACCACAUCUAUUUUUUAAAAAGAGAACUAUUCCGCAGCAGAAUUGUUGCUGCAAUCUUGGAAAGAAAAAGGGAGCCCAAACAAGCCCGGGAGACCAAACACCUGACAUUUCCUUAUUUUUUUUCUAUUCUUUUUUUUUUUUUUUUGGUCCAGGAAA